AUGGCAGUUGAGGUUCAAAGUGAACAAGGAGAAGAGAGAGUUUUCGUCACUAAAAUAAAGUCAACAGAUAAUCAAUCACCUGUGAGAGAAAAGAUCAUGGAUACGAUAUUAAAUAAUGUAUUUAAUAAUGUAAAAGAUGAGAGAAUAUUGAUGGAAUAUUUACAAUACAUUCAAAGUAAUCAUAGUCAUUUGGAACAAUCGUUUCAGUUGGAAUUAGAGAAUGCAAAUUGGGAGAUUGUUACAAGACUGUUGUACGUUAUUCUGACUGAACACUUUUUUGAAUGUGAACCAUACCAACUCGUUCAAGGUCUAAAUGUCAUCAAAUUUAAACCAAACCAAGAUGCCACUUUAGAUUCAUCUUCAUUGUCGGUACAACUCCAAUUUUAUAUCGAGGAUCUUUAUUGUUUGGACCGAUUUACAUUGGACAAGACAAAAAAGUUGACAUUAGUGGAGUAUGGACCAACCAAAGAAUCGUCAUGUGUCAUCAUCCACAAUUACUCGGGGUUGGUAUCAGUAGUGGAGAAAUACUUUGGUAAAACAACAACUGGUUACGAACAAUUUGAAAAGGACUUGGAUAAUUGUUGGGUCAAUAUGGCUUUGUCAAAGGUACUGUCAAAUGAAAGAAUGGAGUUACUAAAAGAAGAGAUUACCAAGAUGAAUUGCAAGUCGGUACCAGAGUAUAUUGAGAGUAUGUUGAAACAAGACCCAUCAUACAGUCAUGUGUUUUACGAACAAUUUCAUCGUCGUGGUCAUCCAACUCACCCCUUUGUAAAGAGUAAGGUUGGAUUGUCGGUUGAUCAAGUCACCAACUAUUCACCAGAGUUUGGAGGUACAAUCGAUCCAAGACUCAUCGCAAUCCAUCGAUCAAAAGGAGGAUUCAAAUCAUAUGACGAUCAACAAGAACCAUGUCCAAACCAAUUUAUCUUUGGUUUGUUCCCUUGUAUAGAGGAAAAGGUUAGAGACUAUUUUAAAAUGAUUGGGUUGGAAUUACAAGAUUAUUAUUUAAAUUUAAUACAUCCACAUCAACUAUCUCAACCAGUCAUCUCUCAAUUCAAUCAAGAUAUUGAAAACAAUGAAUUGAUUAUUAUUCCAUCGUCGAUGUCAUCGGACAUUUCCUCUAGACCAUUGGUAUCGGUUAGAUCAUUAGCAUUGCAAUACAAGCAAUCUGAUCAAUAUAAUCAAACACUACCAUCCAUCAAAUGUUCGUUUAGCGUUUUAUUGACCACCGUAGUACGAACUUUAAAUCACUCAACGUGUAUCACGAGUCCACAGUUUUCAAGAAUAUUGGAUGAUAUUUUCAAGAGAGAAAGAGGUAAUGGAUUUGGAACAAAAAUACAUUUUGUAAAGGAUCUAAUGGGAAUAUAUUACUACCAUGACGAUCAAACAGGUGCAGGUGGAGGUGGAGGAAAACAUCAACACAAGAAUGCUGAAUUGUCAUCAUUGUGGAGACAAAAUUUACAUUGUUUUGUAACUGACCCAACAACUGAACAGAUAGUAUCUGUACCUGCCCUAUUCAACACCUCACCAAUAUCAGGAACCAAACUACUCUUUGAAUUUAUCGAUCAAUUAAAAACCAACCAACAUAUCACAACCACAUCCAAAGCUAUUCGUCUUUGGAUGAAACAUUACUUUCAACUACUUUUACCAUUCUAUAUUAUAAUGUCUACAAAAUAUGGAGUGGCAAUUGAAGCACACCACCAAAACACCUAUGUCAUUAUCGAUAGAGGUGUACCAACCAAACUCAUUUUCAAAGAUUGGGAUUGUCCUCGUUGUGUACCUGAAAGAUUGGAUCGUCAGAAUAUCGAUUAUAGCUCAAUCAAGGGAACAUCAAUCUUACACUUUCAAGACUUUACACAAAAAAGAGCUCAAAUCUUUAUACAUGUUGGUGAACUACUGAUGCAUGUAUUUGCUCACCUUCAAACAACCAAUGACAGUGAUGAACAAUCGUGGACAAUGGAAAAAGAAUUGAUUCAAGAUUCCUCUACCAUUCUUCAAUCAACAUUUAAUCAACUCAAAUCCGAUCCAAUCAUACAUGAUCAAGUAUUACAAGACCAAGAAUACUUUUUCACAACACCUUUUGCUGAAAUGUUGGCGUACACCAAAUGGAGAUUAAAUCCAACCCCUUCCAUACCUCCACAUUUUUUAAAGAAUCCAUGGUAUCAAAACUAA